GAUUUGGGACACAGCCUCCUCAGUCGCGGUUUCAGCUUUGCUAAGUCGUCCAAAAUUCAGCGGAGAGAGAAAUCCAGAGCUUGAGCGCCAACACGGAUUUUCUUUGGGAUAAACGCACAGGCCUCGCUGCUAAAACGAUGCCCCAUUCCAGGCGGUAUGCAUCGUCGGAGCGGGCCAGCCGUAGCAGCUAUCAGGACCGUUAUCGCGAGCGAGAGCGUGGGAGAAAGCCUCGACACCGGCGCUCGCGAUCCUUUUCCUCAAGCAGCGAGCGAGACAGGAGGGGACGAGGACACAGGCAGGACGGCACAUACGGACGCUCCAGGAGGUAACCUAGAAACCUACGACAACCGUUCUGUAGACAGGAGGCCUUACGACAGGCGCUACGGCGAAGGCUACCGGCGGCAGGAACACGAGAGAGAGCGAGAACGUGAACGUGAGCGCGAGCGACUGACCCCAGAUGGCUACCACUCACGCGACCCUUCCACCAGUUAUGACUACCGCCGCACGCACCAGCGCCACAAAGGCAGCAGGCGUAAGCACAAACGAAGGCGGCGUAGAACCAGGUCCUAUAGCCCAUCCUCCUCGCGGAGUGCCAGCGGGACGCGGCCGCUAUGUGUGAGGGACGACGAGGAGGGUCACCUGAUCUGUCGGAGUGGCGACGUCCUGCAAGAGAGAUAUGAAAUUGUUGGCACUUUGGGUGAAGGCACCUUUGGAAGGGUGAUGGAGUGCAUCGACCAUCGCAGAGGUGGAGCUCAUGUGGCUCUGAAAAUCAUUAAAAAUGUUGAAAAGUAUAAGGAGGCUGCUCGACUGGAGAUCAACGUCCUGGAGAGGAUCAACGAGCGAGACCCGGAUAAUAAAAAUCUGUGUGUACGGAUGUUUGACUGGUUUGACUACCAUGGUCACAUGUGUCUCAGCUUUGAGCUGCUAGCACUCAGCACCUUUGACUUCCUGAAGGAGAACAAUUACCUGCCUUAUUCCAUCAGCCAGGUGCGACACAUGGCCUACCAGCUCUGCCUAGCCGUCAAGUUUCUACAUGAUAACAAGCUGACCCACACGGAUCUAAAACCAGAGAAUAUCCUCUUCGUGAACUCGGACUUCUCUUUGACCUACAACGUGGAGAAGAAGAGAGAAGAGCGUAUGGUGAAGAGCACCGCAGUGAGGGUGGUAGAUUUCGGAAGUGCCACGUUUGACCACGAACACCACAGCACGAUCGUGUCCACCAGGCACUACCGCGCACCUGAGGUCAUUCUCGAACUGGGAUGGAACCAGCCUUGUGAUGUGUGGAGUAUCGGCUGCAUCCUCUUCGAGUAUUACCUUGGCUUCACACUUUUUCAGACUCAUGAUAAUAGAGAGCACUUAGCCAUGAUGGAGAGAAUAUUGGGUCCUGUCCCUUCCAGGAUGAUCAGAAAAACAAGAAAGCAGAAGUACUUUUACCGCGGGCGUCUCGACUGGGAUGAAAACUCCUCAGCAGGAAGAUAUGUUCGAGAGAACUGCAAACCCUUAAGACGCUACAUCCUGUCUGAGGCCGAGGAGCAUCACCAGCUGUUCGACCUGAUCGAGGCCAUGCUGGAGUAUGAGCCACCGAAGCGCAUCAGUCUGGCUGCAGCUCUCAGGCAUCAGUUCUUCCAGAGUCCCAUCGCUCCUAGCGAGCAGACAUCAGGAAAGCCUUGGGAGGUCAAUCGUGACAUUAGCCGGUGACGUUCGUUUCUACCUGCCUUAGUUUUUUUGCGCCAAAAAAAAAAAAAGCAAAACAAAACUCUUCACAUUUUGGAGGGGGCUGUGAACAGUCAGUGUGCAACAACAAUCGGAAUUCACCUGGUGAAAUCCAUCCUUCUUUUAUUUUCAGGCAAACCUCUCUGACCAAGUAGUUUUAAGGUGGACCUAAAAGGAGUUGUCGGGUUAUACUGCCGUGUCAGCUUUAAAAUAUUUAAAGAGUGACGCAGGAUUUUGUCUUAAGUUGGAGCUGGUUACAAUAGUCUGGUAUUUCCAGAGCCUGUGGGUAGAGUGCGUACCUUAGGAUGCCGUUUCAAAGGUAACAUGGACACGAAGUCUUCCACACAUCAAGGACAAGAUGGAAAGAGCGUGACCCAGUACUGCAGACACAAAACGGACGGAAGAGUCCGAGAGAUCUGACGUGUCGUCACCAUCCCGAAUUCUGAAAUGGGAGAAAUGGAAAGAACCGGAAAAGAACGCCUUUAUUCAUAUCUGUUGUAGCAAAAUCCAAACGACGUAUUUUUUUGUUUGUUUGUUUUUUUUUUUCGGGAAGUGUUGGGAAAACAUGAAUGUAAAGAUGAAGAAAAGCAUCAAACUGGCUGCACUGGUUGCAUUGGAUUCCAUUGUAAUUGACCCCUGAGCCUGAAUUAAAUCUCUUAGUGAUAUUUUUACUGGACAGGCAACAAGCGAUGAGAGAGAUGUUUUGGCAACGACACACACACACACACACACACACACACACACACUCACUCCUCCUGUCAGUCUCAUUCAAACAGCAGCUUCACAGAAGUUACUGUUCUAUCUAGAUUGGUAUGUUUUUCUUUUUUUCACCAACACACACACUUGUAUUUUGGAUUGAAGCCUUUUUUUUUUUUUUUUUUUUCUUCGUCCGUGUAAUCAAGCACAGACCUUUUGUGCGCUGUGUCAUUCUUGCCAGCACAGGUUUACAGUAUUUAUUUGAAUCAGCAUUAUUUUUCGUUUUGUGUUUUUAUAUGAAGCUAAAGGUGUAUAUCUGUAUAUACAAAUAUAUAUGUAUCUAUGACUGUAUAGAAUAAAGGCUCUGUCUGUCUGCCUGGUGUUUGUUGAAGUCUUCGCAGCUUCACAGGCAGAAAAACUGGCAGACAUCUUGUCAUA